AACAAGACGGAGUCACCAAGACUCUGAAAACCAGCCAGAAAGCGGUGCACAAGCGAGCCCCGCGGCGGUGGCUGGAGGCGGCUUAUCAGCGACGCCUGCCCCAGCACACCAGCCGCCACCUCCAAUGCUCUCCAUACCAAGCAGGUCAGUGUCGUAUGAUGAGGCAAUAGAGAAGUUUUGAGUGACAUCACGCCAAUCCAUGCCGACACAGCCAUGGUGCAUUAUGGGUUGGCCGGAUCAACCCGAUUGUUGUUGGGAGACUGUGCAGGGAGACUUUAUGGCCUCUGGAGUGACCGGGACGUGAGUUUCUAGCCUCAUUUUGUGGUGUUAAUGGCAUGUACUGAUGACCCGUCUGAGAAUAGAAAUGGCACAUCUUUGUUGUGUUAUUGGGUGUGGAAAUAAGACCGAUAAACACCCAAGUUUAUCAAUUUACUGUCUGCCUAAAAUACCAACACGGCAAGGUGAACGGAGGGAGUUGAUCGCUGAAAGAAGAAGUCUUUGGUUAUCGAGGAAAUCCAGAGCCCAGACUUCAAACCCUGAACACUGGAGAACCUGUGGAAAGCACUUCAUGACAGGGAAGGACACGAUGGAGCCCCUGUGUGAGGCUGUGAAGGUGGAGGUGGAGGAGGAGCCAACAGGCAGCCAGGCUUCAUCUGCCUCCCAGCAGCUCACAGGGGUGGACAGAGUGAGCGAUCACUCCGAGGGAUCACUCCAAUGGGAUGAGAUUGGUAUUAAGGAGGAGGAGGAGGUUUGCAUCAAAGAUGAGCACAUGGAAGACUUCGACCCAGUCACUGGCUAUACCGUCUUUGUCCCUACGCAGAAGUCCAAUCCAAGAAGUACCAGGGUGAAGGAAAAACAAAGUGCCUUUAUUAGGAAGUCCUCUAAGACUGGGGGAGGACCACCACACCCACUCCAAGACACGGGAGCAUCAUCUGUCAAAGGGCGUGGCCGGCGAGCUGGCGCACAUUCAUCCUCAGUCGCCUACGGGAGCAUUGUGCCCCUUGACAAGAAACAGCACACUAAGUCUGGCUGCCCAACAACUGCCAACACCCAGGACAGUGUGCAGAUGUUGUCAAGUGCCUGGAGCGGCCCACCACCUUACGCAGCAGACAACAGUGUGCUGGCGAUGCUGGAACUCAAUCAUGAUGGGAUGGAGGAGGUACCGCCCUUAGACAACACCCACACCCCGAACGGCAACACCCACGCCAUGCAGUAUUCUUCAGAAGUAUCUUCAGAGACAGAUGAGCCUCUCUCCGCACAGCCUGUGAAGAGGAGAAAGGUGAGGGCCAAGCCAGUCCACCUAGAUGAAGCUGUGGAGUGGGACCUUGUGAAGUGGUACAAAAACAACCCCAUCUUGUACAACAGGGCUGUCCGAGAAUUCAAGAAUGUGGCGAAGAAAAACAGCUUGUACGAGGAAAUGGGCCGGAGCAUGCGGCCGCGGCUCUCAGGGUUUCAGGUACGCACCUUCCUGGACUCCAUGCGCACAAGAUACGGUAAGCUGACGGCGCAGAGAAGCGGCUCUUCCCAGCGUGGCGUGACAGAGAGGGACCGCUGGAUUAUGAAUGUCUUCUCCUUCCUGGACACACACAUCAUCCGCCAGAAGCCCAGGCCUCUCGGUUGUCAAUCAAAGGAGGAGACUGCUUCCGAGGCGGAGGGUGUUGCUGCCACCGCCACCGUGCCUGUGGAGGAGGAGGAGGAAGAGGAAGAGGAGGAGGAGGAGGAAGAAGAGGAGGGGGAGAUGGACAGGGAAGCCCCUGGGACGUCCAAGGGCACAACCCCCACCAAACCCAAGUGUCACCAGCAGCCUCAAGAGGUGUCUGUCCUGGACGAAGCCUCUUCUGUCCUGAAAACGAUCCAAGAGCAGGCCACCCGGUUUGCGGUCGUGGCCGAUGCCCUCCUCCCCGCCACCCUGAAGUCCGAGGCUGAGGAGUCCUGGCUGCAGUACUUCAAAAGUGAGCUCGUUGAAGUAACCUCCCUGGACAAGAGUUUAUGGCAAUUACUCCGCCUAGAGAUGAGUUUAUUGAUAGCAAAGUACAAGCGACAAGAUGCUCGCCGGAAGGUGGCCACCAACAACCCAGACCCAGUCGACGACUCGUUGGUGUCACCUGUGUUGACGGACCUCAUCCACAACUACUGGAACAAGACUCAUUUGGGCACCCAGCCUCUACAGCCUAUCCAGUCCGCCCUGCAAGCCCAGCCUCUCCAGCCUGCCCUGCCUGCCCAUCCUCUCCAGCCUGCCCUGCCAGCCCAGCCUUUCCAGCCUGCCCUGCCAGCCCAGCCUUUCCAGCCUGCCCUGCCAGCCCAGCCUCUCCAGCCAGCCCAGCCUCUCCAGCCUGCCCUGCCUGCCCAGCCUAUCCAGAUCCAGCCUGCCCAAGCUCCGCUGCAGACUCCCGGUCAGGCUCCUCAUCACCUUGUGCCACACCCACAGAUGUACAUCCCCUCCAACCAAAUGUUUUACUACUCUCCUGCCCCACCCUCCUCGACGGUCACCAUGCCUUCCACCACAGCAACAGCGGCAGCAUGCUCAACACCAGCACGCGGGGAGCCAGACCUCCGCAGCAUGAGCAUGUCAUCGGGCAUGUUCAACUCUCGCGUGACUCCCUUGACCCCUACACCAGCAACGCCCACAACACCCUCUUCUCAAGCUAGCACUACAGAGCCACCAGGUAAAUAAUGGAAAAAAUAAUAAAUAGAAGAAUAAAA